GUUUCAUAAUCCGUCCCUGUCCUGAGUGCUAAUCUCCUCACAAAUUCACCUUAUGUCUCUUUUAAGAUGGCGCUUCGUGUGAGUGGAACAGUAGGAACAACUGUUUUGGGAGCCGCUUGAGUUUAGUGCAUACCAUCGGGAGGACGGCUUCUCGGGACUUGAGAAGGCGCAAAGUGACACGAGUGUAGCCGAGUGAAUCCGAAAAUCCCGCUGACCGACCGGUGCGCGUUUUCCCCCACCACGGAGGCAGAGGGAGAAGCGUGACUGCGAGACUGGCGUGGGGAGAGAGAGACAACUCCAUGCCUUCCGCGGCUCCUUCUGCGCGGACCGUGGACCGACUUCUGCGAGCGAAUUAACUUAGAGAGGAGCGUUUCACUCGCGAGAAGAGAAGAAAUAACAUUUCCUCUCGCCUCCUCCGGCUGCUGGCGGAGAGACGCUCGAGCUGCCACGAAUAGAUCCAGUAUCCACGACCCCCCCCCCCCCCCCCCCCCCCCCCCCUCCCGGUUGGCUGGGUCGGUUGACCGGACCGCGUGUUCGUCCUCCGGAGGUGGGCUCGUCGUAUCUUAACCCCCCGCACUUCCUCUCUUGGUUCUAACUUCUCUGUGGAUUGUCGUGUUUUGACGGGACUGGACUCUGUGGGUUCGGAGAAGGAGAGAAAUGCCAACGGCGGCGACAAAGAGGAGAUUCAGUGUUAGUCUUUGAUCCUGUCAGAGUGGGACACGUCUAGCAGGGGACUGAGGAGGGAGCAGUGCCAACUCGGAACAUGGUGCCUAACAUUCUCCUGGCAGGGCCCCUCCUGCCCAGGGGGGCGUUGCUGUUCCUGCUUCUACUCAGCUCAGUGGUGAUCUCCUCUCUGGCAGACAGCUUGCCAAUUUUCAUCAAAACCCCUGAGGACCAGACGGGCAUCUCUGGGGGAGUUGCAUCGUUUGUAUGCCAGGCCACUGGAGAGCCCAAACCUAGAAUCACCUGGAUGAAGAAAGGCAAGAAAGUCAGCUCCCAGCGCUUUGAGGUGAUUGAAUUUGAUGAUGGCUCGGGUUCUGUGCUGCGGAUCCAGCCACUGCGCACCCACAGAGACGAAGCCAUUUACGAGUGCACAGCCACUAACAGCGCUGGCGAGAUCAACACCAGUGCCAAGCUUACAGUGCUGGAAGAGAACCAGAUCCCACAUGGGUUCCCCACCAUUGAUAUGGGGCCACAACUGAAAGUGGUUGAAAGGACCAGGACGGCCACGAUGCUGUGUGCUGCCAGCGGGAACCCAGACCCGGAGAUCUCCUGGUACAAGGACAUGCUUCCUGUGGACAUCAGCAGCAGCAACGGACGCAUCAAACAGCUUCGCUCAGGUGGUACACCAAUUAGAGGAGCUCUGCAAAUUGAGAACAGCGAGGAGUCGGACCAGGGGAAGUACGAGUGCGUUGCCAUGAACAGCGCUGGGACCCGUUACUCUGCUCCUGCCAAUCUCUACGUCAGAGAUCAGCGUGAAGUACGAAGAGUUCCACCUAGAUUUUCCAUUCCUCCCACCAACCAAGAGGUGAUGCCAGGAGGCAGCAUAAACUUGACUUGUGUGGCAGUGGGUUCGCCAAUGCCCUAUGUCAAGUGGACGAUGGGCCAAGUAGACCUAACUAAGGAAGAGGACAUGCCAUUGGGACGCAACGUGUUGGAGGUCACAAACAUCCGCGAAUCGGCCAACUACACAUGUGUGGCCAUCUCUCCUCUGGGCAUGAUUGACCACACAGCACAGGUUACUGUCAAAGCCUUACCAAAACCCCCCACCUCACUCACAGUGACUGAGACCACAGCCACCAGUGUGACUCUCACAUGGGACUCUGGAAACCCGGAACCUGUGUCUUACUACAUGAUCCAGUACAAAGCCAAGUCCUCAGACAAUGGCUUUCAGGAAGUGGAGGGUGUUGCUACCACACGUUACAGCAUCGGUGGCCUCAGCCCGUACUCUGAUUAUGAGUUUCGUGUCAUGGCCGUCAACAACAUUGGCCGUGGGCCGCCUAGCGACCCCGUGGAGUCGCGCACCGGCGAACAGGCCCCCUCCUCGCCACCUCUGCAUGUUCAGGCACGCAUGCUGAGUGCCAGUACCAUGUUGGUCCAGUGGGAGCCUCCCGAAGAGCCCAACGGACAGAUAAGGGGUUACCGGGUUUACUACAGCCCGGACAAUAAAGCUCCACUCAGCGCCUGGCAGAAACACAACACGGACGAUAGCAGCCUGACAACCAUCUCAGGGCUGACUCCUGAUAUCACCUACAGCCUCAGGGUGCUGGGCUUCACCUCGGUAGGUGAUGGGCCACCCUCUGAAAUCCUGCAAGUCAAAACACAGCAGGGAGUGCCUGCCCAGCCGUCCAGUUUUGAGGCCGAAGCUGAGCUAGACACCCGCAUCAAACUAACCUGGCUGUGGCCCGUACAGGACCCCAUCACUAAGUAUGAGCUGCAGUACUGGGAGGCCGGCUCAAAUAACAAGAAACAUAUGACUUUCGACCCAGCUGGCUCUUACGAUGUGGAUGGUUUAAAGCCGAACACCUUGUACCAUUUUUCCCUGGCAGCCCGUUCUGAAAUGGGUUUAGGCGUCUACACUCAGCCCAUUGAGGCUCGCACCGCUCAGUCAACCCCGUCCGCCCCACCUCAGGAUGUACACCUGCUCAGCCUGAGCUCCACCAGCCUCAAGGUGAGUUGGGUGGCCCCGCCAGCCGCUAGCCGCCACGGCGCCAUUGUGCGCUACACAGUCAGAUACCAGGCCCUGACUGGAGAGGACACGGAGCGGCAUGAUGUGCCUGACAUCGGCGCAGACGCCACCAGCUGCGUGCUGGAAGGCCUGGAGAAGUGGACUGAGUAUCAGGUGUGGGUGAUGGCUCACACCGAUGUGGGCCCAGGCCCUGAGAGUGCCCCUGUGAAGAUGAGAACCAAAGAAGAUGUGCCCGGAGCGCCCCCCAGGAAGCUGGAGGCUGAGGCCUUAAAUUCCACCGCCAUCCGAGUCACCUGGAAGCCACCUCUGCAGAUGAAGCAGCACGGCCAAAUCAGAGGCUACCAGGUCAUCUAUUCCCGACUCGAAAACGGCGAGCCGCGAGGCCAGCCCAACAUCAUGGAUGUUGCUUUGCCAGAAGCACAGUGGAAUAUUGAAGAGUCCACCGAGCAUGAAGCCAUUAUCGGUGGACUGCACGCUGAAACCACAUACUCUGUCACCGUGGCAGCAUACACCACGAAGGGAGAUGGAGCCCGUAGUAAAGCUAAAGUCAUCACCACAACUGGAGCAGUACCAGGCAAACCCAACAUGAUGAUCAGCGCCACCAUAGGCAACACAGCACUGAUCCAGUGGAAUCCACCAAUGGAAAUGGUGGGUGAGCUAAUGGGCUACCAGCUGCAGUACAAGCGUGCCGACGAAGAAGCCUACACCUCGCGCGAGCUGAGAAAAACCGACGACCACUUCACUGUCACCGGCCUGCACAAAGGCGCCACCUACGUGUUCCGACUGAGCGCCCGCAACCGCGCGGGCAUCGGCGAGGCCUCCGUGAAGGAAAUCACCACCGCCGAGGACGUGCCUUCGGGCUUCCCGCUCAACCUCAAAGUCACCGGUCUGACCCAGUCGAGCACCCAGCUGACUUGGGAACCCCCGCUGCUCGCCGAACGGAACGGCAAAAUCACUCAUUAUGUGGUGGUGUACAGGGACAUCAACAACCAGCAAGACAACACCAGCCGCACCACCAACACUCACAUGACCAUCGAGGGCCUUAAUCCUGACACCACCUACGACAUCCGUGUGCAGGCUUUCACCAGUAAGGGCGAGGGACCCCUCAGCCCCAGCAUCCAGAGCAGGACCAUGUCAAAUGAUUUCCCAGCUGUUAACUUUGGUGUCAAAGCUGUCACAAAAACAUCGGUCCUUCUAACCUGGGAUUUGCCAGAAAACUACAAAUCCCCAGCUCCUUUCAAGAUUCUAUACAACCAGCAAAGUGUGGAAGUGGAAGGAAACCAGAAGAGGAAGCUGAUCACUCAGCUGCAGCCGGACACAGAGUACUCAUUCGCUCUGACGAGUAGGGGCAACAUUGCCGGUGGUCUGCAGCAACAGGUGUCCAUCCGGACUGCCCCUGACCUGAUCAAAACCAAGCCCACCACACAUCAGGCUCAAGGUGGCAGGAUGACCAUCAGCCUCAGCCUGCCAAAUGUCCAGACCACCGACAGGGUCAGGUGGUACUACAUUGUGGUGGUGCCGGUGACUCCAUCAACGAAGCGAUGGAAGAAUCCAGACGAGAUCACAGACCUGGAUGAGCUGCUCAGGUCAAAUGGCGGUCCAGUCCUGAGGCGCAGACGUCACCUGGAUCCCUCCAAAGCUUACAUUGCUGCCAAACUGGACUCCCUGCCGACCUCCUUCAUCCUGGGCGAUGAGAAGCACUACAAUGGCUUCCACAACAAGCCCCUGAUCAGUCAACAGGAGUAUCUCUGUUUUCUGCUGGCUGAACUUAAAUAUGAGGAGACAGACAGUGCUGCUAAUUAUAUGACUUUUUCAGCCAGUCCCUACUCAGACCUGAUCCAGAUCAAGCCUGCAGAACACGGGAUGGAUCAGCCUGAAAUGUUGUGGGUCAUGGGGCCGGUACUAGCAGUGAUCGUCAUCAUCAUCAUUGUGAUCGCCAUCCUUCUGUUUAAAAACAAACAGGAAAGAAAGCGAGCAUCGCCCUUACCAAAAGAUGAGCACUCAGGUGGAGUGAAAGACUCUUUGUUAGCCAACUCUUCUGAUCCUGUGGAGAUGAGAAGACUCAACUACCAAACUCCAGGUCCCAGCUCUCAUCGCUGCCCCAACACUCCAAGAAUGAGGGAGCACCCACCCAUUCCUGUCAUUGACCUGGCCGACCACAUAGAGAGACUGAAAGCCAACGACGGCCUCAGGUUUUCUCAGGAGUAUGAGUCUAUUGAUCCCGGUCAGCAGUUUACCUGGGAAAACUCCAACAUGGAAGUCAACAAGCCAAAGAAUCGCUAUGCAAACGUCAUCGCCUAUGACCACUCCAGAGUGGUCCUCACCUCUGUUGAUGCCGUUCCAGGCAGUGACUACAUCAAUGCCAACUACAUUGAUGGCUACAGGAAGCAAAAUGCCUACAUCGCUACUCAGGGACCUCUGCCCGAGACCCUGACUGACUUCUGGAGGAUGGUGUGGGAGCAGAGGUCCAACACCAUUGUCAUGAUGACCAGACUGGAAGAGAAGUCACGAGUGAAGUGCGACCAGUACUGGCCGUCACGGGGAACGGAGACCUACGGGAUGAUCCAGGUCACCAUGUUGGACACUGUGGAGUUGGCCACUUACAGCGUCCGUACGUUCGCUCUCUAUAAGAACGGCUCCAGCGAGAAGCGGGAGGUGAGACAGUUCCAGUUCAUGGCCUGGCCCGACCACGGGGUUCCUGAGUACCCCACGCCCAUCCUGGCCUUCCUUAGAAGGGUAAAGGCCUGCAAUCCUCCAGACGCGGGGCCCAUGGUGGUCCACUGCAGUGCGGGCGUGGGCAGGACUGGCUGCUUCAUUGUGAUCGAUGCCAUGCUGGAACGCAUGAAGCACGAGAAGACCGUGGACAUUUAUGGCCAUGUGACGUGCAUGCGCUCCCAGAGAAACUACAUGGUCCAGACCGAGGACCAGUACAUCUUCAUCCACGAGGCGCUUCUGGAGGCGGCCACCUGCGGCAACACGGAGGUGCCGGCGCGCAACCUGUACGCCCACAUCCAGAAACUCACCCAGCCCCCGCCCGGUGAGACCGUCACCGCCAUGGAGCUGGAGUUCAAGAGACUGGCCAACUCCAAAGCUCACACGUCACGGUUCAUCAGCGCCAACUUACCCUGCAACAAGUUUAAGAACCGCCUCGUCAACAUCAUGCCUUUUGAGUCCACCCGGGUCUGCCUGCAGCCCAUCCGUGGCGUCGAGGGCUCGGACUACAUCAACGCCAGCUGCAUCGAUGGCUACAGACAGCAAAAGGCUUACCUGGCCACACAGGGCCCGCUUGCCGAGACCACCGAGGAUUUCUGGAGGAUGCUGUGGGAGCACAACUCCACCAUUGUUGUCAUGCUCACCAAGCUACGAGAGAUGGGCCGGGAGAAGUGCCAUCAGUACUGGCCAGCAGAGCGUUCAGCCAGGUACCAGUACUUUGUGGUGGAUCCAAUGGCUGAAUACAACAUGCCUCAGUACAUCCUCAGAGAGUUCAAAGUCACAGAUGCCAGGGAUGGACAAUCCAGAACAAUCCGCCAGUUCCAGUUCACUGACUGGCCCGAGCAGGGAGUGCCAAAAACUGGAGAGGGCUUCAUUGAUUUCAUUGGACAAGUGCACAAAACCAAGGAACAGUUUGGGCAGGACGGACCAAUCACUGUACACUGCAGUGCCGGGGUAGGCAGGACCGGAGUCUUCAUCACCCUCAGCAUCGUGCUGGAGAGGAUGAGGUACGAAGGUGUGGUCGACAUCUUCCAGACGGUGAAGACGCUCCGCACCCAGCGGCCUGCCAUGGUGCAGACCGAGGACCAGUACCAGCUGUGCUACAGGGCAGCGCUGGAGUACCUGGGCAGCUUUGACCACUAUGCAACGUAACCACUCCCCUCUGAAGCAGCUUCCCCCUCCCCCGGUCAGACCUCUCAGGAGUGUGCCAAGUGUCCCCAUUUCAGCCGCCAUCCACUCACUUUGACCCCUUCAAACUCCACCCUUCCUGCAGCUACCGGAGGGGGGUGACGAAAGGGACGAGCUCGCCGACCCGUCGAGGGUCCUCAACCAAUCACAAGAGACACACGCCGAGUUCACCAUCCACCUGAGAUUUGGCUUUAACGACAGAAACACUACAGAGACUAGGACAGACGCAGCAGCUCUUGGACGGGGCCGACGGCGCAGAGCGGCAGCCCGCCUCUCUGCUCCGUCGAAGCCAAACCUCCCUGAUUGUCAAAGGCUACUGGUAGCACUGAGAGCACCCUCUCUGUUUCCUCGUUUAUUAUUGGUAUUAAUUUUAUUGUCAAUAUUUUCCGAUUUAUUUUGUCAGGUUAUUGUUUAGUAUACUUUUUAUGUUGCUCUUGUUAAUCGUUUUAAUAUCAGACAUUUCUUCUGUCUUAAACGGCUCAGACUCUUGGGGCAUGCGUUAUUUUCAUAAUCACUCUUAGGGUACGUUAGCACACGGGACAUGUGUUUUUAACAUGUUCUUAUAUACUAAUACAAGAGGACCACUGUUCUCUGAGCUGCUGUCAGAUUUCGUUUUGUUUGUUUUUUUUUUUUUUUUCAAAAUUCGAUUUAUGUUCUAUAUGGUCGUAGUCAGUUCAGUAACUCGAAUUGCCUUUUCACUUACCGAGUUUUAAAAGAAAAUCAGCUUUGAGGAAAUUGAUUUUUACAGACUUCUUGUAGUCGUCCCUCUGUAAUCGCAGUAGAUAGCUGGAAAAACACAAGUGAAUUACCUAACAAAACGUGCACAGAAAUGGAAAGCACAUUAUUUCUAUGUAUUAUUAUUUUGUUGUUGUUCUUUUGUGGGGGGGUUUUUUAUGUUGUUUUUGAUCAGAAGCCUAUGGCAUUGAGGCCUUCAUUGCUCCACAGCGGAGAACUUACCUGAAGAAAACAGACUUUUAUACCCAAAGGGUAAGCAACAGGAAAAAAAAAAGAAAAAUAAUAAAACCUCCCCAUCUCUGAGUAAAGAUGCUCUUCAAGUCGCUCCCGUCUCCUCGCUUGGCUGGAGCGGGACGGAGCGGACCUGGGCCGAGGAGCAGAGCCAUCCAUGUCGGUACCUGUACAGAAUCAACCAUUCCUAACCAGAGGGACAGAGACUCUUUGGACUCAAACCUGAUGUUAUUUUAUACAGAAAUAGAACUAUAAAUAUAUAUAUAAUUAUGACUGAUUAUAUAUAUGUAUGAUUACACAUAAAUAUAUUCACAGCUUCAAAAAUAUAUUGUUAAAAAGGAUUAAUUCUGCUGAUCUACCUAGAGACGCUGCAGAGAGCCUGCUGUCCUAGAGUGUGUAUUAAUGGAGACACCGUUGUAUCUACUGUAAUACCAUCGUAACUUCAACAGCUGGUGUUCCACAUGAGGAAAAAAAACAGCACAACCCCCCCCCCCCUUCUCCUUCGCCCCCACCACCAACCCAUCCAUCAAAACGAACAACUCCUCACUGGGAAAGCACACACACACCCUCUCCACCACACGGACGGCAGGAGGGGAGCGUCUGAUCGCCGCCGGUGGGAGGAAGGACGGCGGACGGAGGCGGGGGAGGGGCUUAAAAACACCGGCAAAAAACGAAACAUGUUCAUUUUUACCUUGUGAAUGCUUUAGUGCUGUAGGGGUUCAAUCUGUUGUACACACAGUCUGUUUUCUAUUUGUUGAUAAAGAACUGGAACUUCAGAAAUCAUCUGGUGAUGAAAAAGAAAACCGUCGAUGUUAAUAAAGUUAAAUAUUUGGGUUUUGUA